CCCUCCCCCCGUGCUCGGCCGCCCCCUCCCCCGCUCCGCCCGCUCAGAGCGUGAUGGCGGCGCCCGAGGUCGCUGGUGUCGUGGCCAAUGCCCCCGAUCCUCCAGAAUCCUCCUCUAGUUUGUGUGCUUCCAAAUCAGAAGCAGGUCUGCCAGAUGGCCUAAGCCCCAAAGAUCCUGCACAGAAGCAGAAGAACUCGCCUCUGUCGAGUGUAAGUAGCCAAACGCUAACCAAGGAGAAUAGCAGAAAUGUCCAUUUGGAACACCCAGAGCAGAAUCCUGGUUCAUCAGCAGGUGACACUCCAGCAGCGCACCAGGAAGUUGUAGGAGAAAACUUGAUAGCCACAGCCAUUUGUCUUUCUGGCAGUGGGUCUCAGUCUGAUAUGAAGGACUUGGCCAGCACGGCAGGCGAGGAGGGGGACACGAGCCUCCAGGAGAGCCUCCGUCCAGUCACUCGAUCUCAUAAGGCAGGGUGCCGUACAAAGCAGCCUGCCUCCGAGAAUGGCUCUGAAGAGAAGUCCCCACAAGCCUCCAUCCAAAAGGAAGGGAGCAGGGACACAGGCUUGGAUUUCCGACCUGUGGUGCCUCCAGCAAAUGGGGUUGAAGGAGUCAGAGUGGAUCAGGAUGAUGAUCAGGAUAGCUCUUCCUUGAAGCUUUCUCAGAACAUUGCUGUACAGACUGACUUUAAGACAGCUGAUUCAGAGGUAAACACAGAUCAAGAUAUUGAAAAGAAUCUGGAUAAAAUGAUGACAGAGAGAACCCUCUUGAAGGAGCGUUAUCAGGAGGUCCUAGACAAGCAGAGGCAAGUGGAGAAUCAGCUCCAGGUGCAAUUAAAGCAGCUCCAGCAGAGGAGAGAGGAAGAAAUGAAGAAUCAUCAGGAAAUACUAAAGGCGAUUCAGGAUGUGACAAUAAAGCGAGAAGAAACAAAGAAGAAGAUAGAGAAAGAAAAGAAGGAGUUUUUGCAGAAGGAGCAGGAUCUGAAAGCUGAAAUUGAAAAGCUUUGUGAGAAGGGCAGAAGAGAGGUGUGGGAAAUGGAACUGGAUAGACUCAAGAAUCAGGAUGGUGAAAUAAAUCGGAACAUUAUGGAAGAGACAGAGCGGGCCUGGAAGGCAGAGAUCUUAUCACUAGAGAGCCGGAAAGAAUUGCUGGUAUUGAAACUAGAAGAAGCAGAAAAGGAGGCAGAGCUGCAUCUUACUUACCUCAAGUCAACUCCUCCAACCCUGGAGACAGUUCGUUCCAAACAGGAGUGGGAGACAAGACUGAAUGGAGUUAGGAUAAUGAAAAAGAAUGUUCGGGACCAGUUUAAUAGUCAUAUUCAGCUAGUGAGGAAUGGAGCCAAACUGAGCAGCCUUCCUCAAAUCCCUACUCCCACUUUGCCUCCACCCCCAUCAGAGACAGACUUCAUGCUUCAGGUGUUUCAGCCCAACCCCUCUCUGGCUCCUCGGAUGCCCUUCUCCCUUGGGCAGGUCACAAUGCCCAUGGUUAUGCCCAGUGCAGAUCCCCGUUCCUUGUCUUUCCCAAUCAUGAACCCUGCCCUUUCCCAGCCCAACCAGCCUUCCCCACCCCUUCCUGGCUCCCAUGGGAGAAAUAGCCCUGGAUUGGGUUCCCUUGUCAGCCCCCACGGUCCACACAUGCCCCCUGCCGCCUCCAUCCCGCCUCCCCCAGGCUUGGGCGGUGUUAAGGCUUCUACUGAAUCUCCCCGGCCCCAACCAGUAGACAAACUGGAGAAGAUCCUGGAAAAGCUGCUGACUCGGUUUCCACAGUGCAAUAAGGCCCAGAUGACCAAUAUUCUCCAGCAGAUCAAGACGGCACGUACCACCAUGGCAGGCCUGACCAUGGAGGAACUGAUCCAGCUGGUGGCUGCACGGCUGGCAGAACACGAGCGGGUGGCAGCGAGUACUCAGCCACUUGGUCGGAUCCGGGCCUUGUACCCUGCUCCACUGGCCCAAAUCAGUACCCCAAUGUUCUUGCCUUCUGCCCAAGUUUCAUAUCCGGGAAGGUCUUCACAUGCACCAGCCACCUGUAAGCUGUGUCUGAUGUGCCAGAAACUUGUCCAGCCCAGUGAGCUGCACCCAAUGGCAUGCACUCAUGUGCUGCACAAAGAGUGUAUCAAAUUUUGGGCCCAGACCAACACAAAUGACACUUGUCCCUUUUGUCCAACUCUGAAAUGAUGGAACUGACUGGGGAGAAAGAAGAGGAGAAAUUGAUGUGAACAGGAAGCGCGGGUUCAAGAUUUCUAAAACUCUAUAUUUAUACAGUGACAUAUACUCAUGCCAUGUACAUUUUUAUUAUGUAGGUAAUGUGUGUAUAGAAAGUCUGUAUUCCAAUGUUCGUAAAUGAAAGUAUGUAUAUUAUGCAGAAACGGUCUUCCCCCUCAUCUUGAAAUUCUUUCAGAGGAUGCAGAUUGUAGGGAAGAUGUUUAGUUUGGCCUUGAAAUUACGAUAUCCCUACCUAGGACUGUUUUCAAAUACAGUAUAAAAACCAUCUGGGAAGCUGCUGUUGCUCUAAGGCCAUCCUGCUUUGGUUUGUGUCAGCCUCUAGUCUAUUUUCUUAAGGCUUAUGUAUGCAGAUUUGAAGCCUGGUGCUCACCUGCUGUCCAACCAGAUGCCUUGCUUAUUAAAAGCUCCUGGAACCCUCAGUGUUCCAGCCACUCUACUCCCAAUAGUUAAAAUGAUGCACUCAUUGAGGGCAAAAAUGUAACCCUAAUAGUUUGACUUUU